AUCUGUCUGGAGGAGAUGAGAGACGACAAGGGUCGACUGUUCGUCGUUAGCCAUCCGUACGUUGUAGGUCGUGAAAGAAUCAGUCACUUAUAGUGUGAUAUGAUUUUAUAGUCAAAUUCGUUUUCGCUCCGUCACGGUCAAUGUUUAUGGAUUGCCAGAAGCUGGUGUGUCUUUGAACGGACUUACAGGUAAAGGUACGAAAAUGCCAUUGCAUGGGAAGAUAGUCGUGAUAAAGAGGAGUGGGGGAGAUGGGACCGAGUUUCCUCUUACUGCAACAUGUUUAUUUGGCAGGAAGCCUGACUGCGAUAUUCGUAUUCAGCUUCCUCAAGUCUCCAAGGAGCACUGCAGAAUUGACUUGAAUGAGAAUAAAGAGGUCAUUCUGACAAAUUUGAGCUCAGUGAAUCCAACCCGUGUCAACGGAGAGGCUCUGCAGCAGUGUGAGCGUUUGAAGCAUGGAGAUGUGAUAACAAUUAUUGACCGUUCUUUCAGGUUUGAGUACCCUCCAGCACCCACACCAAAGAAGAGGUCUUCUGUAGGAGGCAAAACUGAAACCCUCAAAGUUCUGCAAGAUCAGCAAGUGACCGAUACUGUCACUGUUGAAACAGGAGAAAAGAGGAUCUCUGAAGUGUUCUCAGGUGAGAUUAUGGAACUAAUCAUGGACAACAUCCAACGAUCCCUGGAGAAAACUGCAGAGGUGGAAUCUAAGGAAGAUAGUAGCCUGCUGCAAAGCAAGACCACCUCCCCCUUCAAUGAUCUGUAUCAAAUGAUCAAAAAGUCGCUGGAUGUUAAGACCCCACGGAAAUCUUCUGCCAGUGUACUUCAAACACCCAGCUCAAGGUUUUGCACCCCAAAACCUGGUUCAGUCAGGAAAAAUGAUGGAAAACCUGCCAUUUCCACAGAAGACAAAAGCACACCAAAGAAGGCUGAAGCUAAAGUCUUUACUGGAGCUGAUGAAACCAAGGGGGAAAUUGAGGGUGUUGGUAAUGGGACCCCAAAGUCUGUUAAGAAGCAGAGGAAGUCCUUCCAGGUUCCUCCUGAGAUGGCUGGACCUGCAGCUGAACAUGCAUCGGAGUCUGAAGCAGCUUCACCUCAGAAGAGAAACCGUACACCCCCCCAGAGGUUUACUGUGUGUGAGGUUAUUGAGCAAGUUUCUGCUCAAACACCAAAGUCACCAACGAGAAGAAAGAGCAAGGAGGUCACACCAGUAAAAUCUGCUGUGACAAAGGAACAAGAAGAGCAAGCAAUGACUCCCAAAACGGCACAUCAUCAAAAGGCAUCACCAAGGAGCUCCGGGAGAGCUGAAAAAGUGAAAGAGAUGUCCAAAAAACGCAAAAGUGGAGAACUUGCGGCUGACUUGCCCACAUCACAAAUUAAGAAGAAACGCGUUUCCUUUGGAGGGUACCUGGCCCCAGAGUUAUUUGACAAACGACUGCCUCCUGACUCUCCAUUACGUAAGGGGGCCACUCCCAGAAGAAGCUUGUGUCUGUCAAAACCCAGCCAACAGUCACUCCUUAGACGAGCAUCAGUCAGUGGAUUCCUAAAGGAGUUUGAACAAGAUAGCCCCAGUGUGCUAAGUCCUGCAAAAAAGAGGACUCCAUCACCUAAAAAGUCAUCAAGUUCCAAGAAUGCGUCUCCUAAGACCCCAACGCCUGGAAAGAAGACUCCAAAAUCCAACACGCCAUCUCCCAAGGCAGCAUCUCCUGGAAAGAAGACUCCAAAAUCCAAGACACCAUCUCCCAAGGCAACAUCUCCUGCAAAGAAGACUCCAAAAUCCAAGACACCAUCUCCCAAGGCAACAUCUCCUGCAAAGAAGACUCCAAAAUCCAAGACACCAUCUCCCAAGGCAACAUCUCCUGCAAAGAAGUCACUGAAAUCUACAUCUCCUUCUCCAAAGGCAGCAUCUCCUGGAAAGAAAUCUCCAAGAUCCAAGACUCCAUCUCCUGCAAGGGGAAGGUCUCCCUCAAGUAAAAUGGAAACUCAGAAAACCAGUGAACAGCCUAGAACCCAACGCAGGUCUAUAACCCCAGGUCAAAUGGCUUGCAAAGAAACACCCAAAGGUGAUGUAACACCUGCUAAAACCCCUUUUGAUUUAACAGUCAGGACCCCCACAGUGCAAGGUCGCUUCUCUGUGUCACGCAUCAGCACUCCAUCUCCAGUUGCAGAAGAUGCUGUUCCUGAGCAGAUGGCUUUACUUACUGUUACCCCUAAAAUACCUCUGAAGAGGAAGAGCAUGAAGAGUGCCUCACGGAAGACUCCAAGUGUGGCCAAGAGCGCUGUGAAAAUAAUGCGCAGAAGUGGCAUUUCACGGGCAUCUAUGAAAGUCAAAAAUUCCUGGGCAGAAAUUGUGAAAUUUGGUAAACCCAAGGCUCAAGUGGCUGCUCCAGCUCCGAAUAUGGUCACCAAAAAGACUAUGAAGAAGGUGGUGUCCAAACCACAGACACCUGCAAGAAACAUCAAGGGCCAUGUCAGCACUGGACAUGCAAAUUCACCUGUUACCAUUGUUUUGGGCAGAGCUCAAAAACAAAAGGUUGUAUAUUCAACUGGUGCUGCACCAAGAGUGGUCACCAAUACCACAGUCUUCAAAAAGGACAUGAAAAUGGAUGAGGACCUGACUGGAAUUUCUGAAAUGUUUAAAACCCCUGUAAAUGAAAGGAAGAGGAGAUCUGUCAUCAAUGACAACAAUACCACCAAGACACCAGUGGCAGUUCUGGGCAUGUCUGUGGUUGAACCAUCACUUUUAAACACACCAGAGGAGCCAGGAGAAAUGAUUGUCUCUCCACUGAGUAUGGAAUCAACAGUGAAAGGCAGAAGAUACAACAGUGAAGCAGUACAACGCCUUCUUAAUGGAGAUCAAGAAUCUAGCUUCAUCAGUGAGAUCCCUGCCAUUGAGAUUCACUCUGAUGAACCUAGUGAACAGCAGUGCACAGACGUGAAGACAACCCCUGUUGCAACUCCCAAGCAGAAGCCAGAACAACUGGAGUGUCUCACUGGAGUGAAGAGGAUCAUGAAGACGCCAAGACAGAAAGCUGAACCCAUUGAGGACUUGAGAGGGAAACUUCUGAAAACUCCCAAACAGAAGCCUGAACAACAAGAGUGCCUCUCUGGAAUUAAGAGGAUCAUGAAGACUCCAAGACAGAAGGCUGAACCUGUUGAGGACAUCAGAGGAAAUAUUCUGGCAACUCCCAAGCAGAAGCCUGAGCAACAAGAGUGCCUUACAGGAGUUCAAAGAAUUUUUAAGACCCCACAACAGGAAGUUGAACCUCUUGAAGACAUUCAAGAAAAACUUCUGAAGACCCCCAAAGCUCGAGAGGCUGGCAACAAGAGUCUGGAUGGUGUCAAGGAACUUCAGAAGACACCAGUGCACACACAAGAAACUGAAGACGUAUCUGAAAUGACAGACAUGAAAACUCCAAACCUGAAGAGCUCCCCAUUGGUGUGUCUCACGGGGGUCAAGAGAAUAAUGAAGACACCCAAGGAAAAAAGUGCCCCAGUUGAAGAUAUGGUCGGUGUGAAGAGGCUCAUGAAAACCCCCAGAGAGAAAGCUGAACCUGUUGCGGACAACUUCUGUAUCAAGAGACUCAUGAAGUCACCAAGGCUGAGGGGUAAUGCUCCAGUGGAAGACUUUGAGGGACUUCAAGAGCUCAUGGAGGAGCCACUGACUGAUACCUCAGGACAACUGGAAACAAAUAAGGUUGAAGAUCAAACACCUAUGGACUGUGGUGAAGACAUAUCAAAAGAACUAAACUUUGCCCACGAGACAGCACAGGACAAUAGGGCGUCAGAUGUGAUUGAUAAUAUUCCCCAUGUUGACAAAGCAAACGAAGCAGAUGUGAAUGAAGUUGUUGUUCAUAAUGACAUCGAGGAGGUAUCAAGUGGACACAAUAACAAUGAAUCAUCAGAUGCCAUGGAAACUAUCUCUCAGGCAGCUGUAGAUGAGAGCUUACCUGUGGAACAGCCCAAAGUAGAUGCAGUAGAUGAGAAUUCAUCUGAAGAACAACCAAAAGUGGAGACUGCCACCGUCAAAGACACAGAAAUGGAUACAACUGCUGCAGAUCCUGACCAUGAGAAGAAAUUGGUUCGUGGCCGAAGGGUAAAAACAGUGGAAUCUAAAGAAGCUGAGGACAAAGAAGAGGCAACAGAACAUUCUGGUUGUCGCUCCUGCUCCAGUCAGAGCAAGAAGAGGGAAGAAAACCGAGGCCACUGCUCCAUCCAAUGUUAGACAAACAACAAGGAACAGAAGCAAAGAUGUUGAGCUGACAAUGGAAGAAAGUGUCCUUCAACCUCCUAAAGCUGCCCCUAAGCCUCGAAGAGGAAGAAAUGCCAAAAAAGCCUCGGAAGAUCAAGCUGAAGAGGUUGCUACUGAGACAGAAAUCGAGCCAGAAGCUAAGAGCGAACAGAUCCCCCUAGUUGAUGUCGACCACAGAGUAAAUGACCAUGUAGCACCCCAGGAGAAGGCUGUUUCAAAGCCCAGGCGAGGGAGAAAACCUAAACAAGAAUCUGAACCAUCUCAAUCAAUGCCAGAGCAGCGAGAUGUGCCUUGUGCUCAGAGUGACGAUGUUCCCCAUGCUGACAUGGCUAAAGAUACAAAUGAAGUCUGCAGUGACCAGCUGAAGUUUGUGCCCAGUGGAAAUGAUGAAAAUAAAACCGUAGAUGCCAUGGAGACUUUUCCCCAGGCACCUGUAACUGAGAGUUUACCUGAAGUGGACACAGAAACAGAUGCAGUUGUUGUUCAGAAGAAAUCUGUUCGAGGCCGAAAGGCUAAAGUGGCUGAAUCUAAAGCAGCUAAGGAUAACCAGGAGGCAGCAGACCAUUCUGAAGAUCCUGUUCUCCCUGCUCCAGUCAGAGGAAGAAGAGGGAAGAAAACUGAAGCUCCUGCACCACCUGCUGUUAGACAAACAACAAGAACCAGAAAUGCAAAGUCUGAUGAAAAACCUGAAGUGGUACCUGAGAAAUCAGUGGAAAUGCAACCAAUUACUGAGAUUUCUACUGAAGCUGUGAAUGACCAGACCUCUCCGAUAAAUACCAGUCAAGAAGAAAAUGACUCUGCACCCCCUGCAGAGGAAGCUGUCGUGAAGCCUGUUAGAGGGAGAAGAACUAAACAAACACCUGUUGAGCCACCUCAGGCAGAUUCUCAACCUGAACAGCCCAUUCCUGUUGUUGGAAAACCCAGAAGAGGGAGAAAGACAAAAACUGAUAUUGUUGAACAAAAUGAGGUUGCAGAAGACACAGAGCCCAAACUGCAGUCUCAACCUCCAGUCAGGGCCAAGAGGGGAAGAAACACCAAACCGGAAGAAGAAAAGCAAGAGAAUGAUGGUGAGACUGCUUCAGGUGAGAUUCCUGAAUCCCGGGGGCCAGUUAAAAAAUCAAGGAGAACCAGGAAGGCUGAGGAAGACGAUGUAGAACCAAGAGAAGAAAUCCAAACAUCUGAGGUGAUUGUCCCAGAGGCGGCUGUUGCUGAACCAGUGAAGAUGAAUGAACAGGCUGCUGUGGCAAAACCCAGGAGAGGGGGGCGAAAAGCAAAACAAGACCCUGAGAGUGAAACUCCUGUUGAGUCCAUCCGAGGUCCAAGAGGUCCCUGCUGCCAGCUCCACAGACAAACCCAAACGGGGCAGGAGAGGAAAACAGGUUACUGAGGAGGUUAGCAUCUCUGCCGAAGUACCAGAAGCAAAACCUGACCACCAGCCAGAGGCUGAAGAGGAGAAAAAUGCUGAGCCAGAUGCUCCAGUCAUUAAACACAGCAGGGGAAGGGGGGUGAAGACUUCUGUGAAAACUGACAUUUCACAGGCCGUCCCUGCCAAGAGAGCACGUCGAGGUGCUGCUCUUCCCCUUGAGGAGAGCAGUACAGAAUCCACAGUCCUGGUUUCAGAGUCUGCUCUGACAGUAGAGCCACCUAAAAGGGGGAGGCGGGCAGCAGCAAAGCCCACAACAGAUGAGCCCACAGUGAGCAGUGACCAGGCAGAUCCCUCUCAAGAUUUAAGCAGUGCUGUUGUAGAAGACACAAAAAUGUCCAAAAGAUCUGUCAGGUGGAAAUCGGAGUUGGAAGUCUUUCAGAUCCCAAAAGCAACACCUGUAAAGGCCGUUCGAGGCAGGAAGUCAAAACUUGGAAACCAGGUUGAAGCUGAAAGCAAAAACGAUGCCAACAAAACUGAAGAGAAGGAUCUCUCAGAUGAAGUUGUUGAAGCUCAGCCCGUCAAGAAGGCCAGGCGAGGGGCGAAGGUCGCUGAUGAAGCAGAGUCUUCAAGUAAAGUGGACCCCAAGAAAGAUGCUGAAGCUGAGACUCAGCCAAAAACUCGAAGAGGAAGAUCAGCAAAGAAAUAAAAGCAUUUGUAUAUAGUCAUAACCACAAUGAUUUUUUUCCUUUUAAACUUUUUGUACCUGUCAUAUUUUAGAUUAGAAGGCAUUUUAGACUAGUUUUAUUGACUGAAAAUGAAGCACUGCUUUUUUUUGUUUUUUUUCCAAGACAGCAGGGAAUUUUGUUUUAACCAUUUAUUUUGUGACAAGUUGUAUGUUCAUUACUGAUUUUGCAAAUAUUUUUAUGGUGGAAAAAAGCGGUUAUUAAAUUUUUUUGUAUAAUGGAAAAAA